UCUCGUGGCCGCUUUUCCCGCCUCCGCCGGCGCAGAGCUGCGGUGCUGGUGACAGUUGAGGAUGGCGGGCGCUGAGGGCCCUGCUGGGCGGCAGUCGGAGCUGGAGCCCGUGGUGUCGCUGGUCGACGUGCUCGAGGAGGACGAGGAGCUGGAGAAUGAGGCGUGCGCCGUACUGGGCGGUAGCGACUCGGAGAAGUGCUCCUACUCGCAGGGCUCAGUAAAGAGACAAGCACUAUAUGCCUGUAGUACCUGCACCCCAGAAGGAGAAGAACAAGCAGGAAUUUGCCUCGCUUGCAGUUAUGAAUGUCAUGGAAGUCACAAACUGUUUGAGCUAUACACAAAAAGAAAUUUUCGUUGUGAUUGUGGAAACAGCAAGUUUAAAAAUUUGGAAUGCAAAUUAUUUCCUGACAAAGCAAAGAUAAAUUCGGGCAAUAAAUACAAUGACAACUUUUUUGGAUUGUACUGCAUUUGCAAGAGACCUUAUCCUGAUCCUGAAGAUGAGAUUCCAGAUGAGAUGAUCCAGUGUGUAGUCUGUGAAGACUGGUUCCACGGAAGGCAUCUUGGUGCUAUUCCCCCUGAGAGUGGGGAUUUCCAAGAGAUGGUGUGCCAGGCUUGUAUGAAACGCUGCUCUUUCUUGUGGGCUUAUGCUGCGCAGCUGGCAGUAACCAAGGUGUCUGCCGAGGAUGAUGGGUUGGUGCUGAAUGUCGAUGGAGUAGGUGAUCAGGAAGUUAUUAAACCUGAAAAUGGAGACCAUCAAGAUAGUACCCUCAAAGAGGAUGUUCCAGAACCUGGAAAGGAUGCUGUCAAGGAAGUUAAAGCAGAGCAGACUAAUGAACCAUGUACCAGCUCUAGUUCUGAAUCUGCUCUCCAGGUAACAUAUGAAACAGCAUUUAAGAAUCAACGUCUCAACACAGGAUCACAGUCUGACUGCAAACUUGAGGAGCUUCAAGCUAAGCAUUUUAUAAAGAAGGACACUGCCACCUAUUGGCCCCUGAACUGGCGUAGCAAGUUAUGUACCUGCAAAGACUGUAUGAAAAUGUAUGGCGACCUAGAUGUCCUGUUCCUGACAGAUGAAUAUGACACAGUUUUGGCUUAUGAAAACAAGGGCAAGGUUGACCAGGCAGCCGACAGGACAGACCCUUUAAUGGACACCCUUAACAGCAUGAGCAGAGUCCAACAAGUGGAACUUAUUUGUGAAUAUAAUGACUUGAAGACUGAACUUAAAGACUAUCUCAAGAGAUUUGCUGAUGAAGGCACGGUUGUUAAGAGAGAGGACAUCCAGCAGUUCUUCGAAGAAUUUCAGUCAAAAAAGAGAAGAAGAGUGGAUGGGAUGCAGUAUUAUUGCAGCUAGAGUGGAGUAUGGCGCCUUCUCAUCCAGGCCAGUGAAAAUGCCACUUCCUGUUCCAGGAAUAAAAGAGGCCUGUUUCACCUUCGGUCCUCUUCGUGACCUCUCUCUGGAGAGGCCUCCUCCGCUGGCCUUGGGCUUCCUCACUCUCCUUAACUGCAGUAGCCACAAUGUUUAUGCUGAUUUCACAACCAGCAUUCUUCUUUCUGGCUCGGCUAAAAGCAACUCAUUCCACAGACUUCAGCCCCUACCCCGCCUCCCGUCCACCCAGGGUUAUUUGCUUAUAAGUUUUAGGAAGUUUGAUUUGGUUUUGAGCAAGUAAACUAGUUUCUUUUCUAAUGAUUUGUUCUUUAACUCCCAAAUGUGUCUACUCUGCCACAGAGCUGUUGUCUUCCAGGACCUGCUUUGGGGCAUCACAGACAUUCUCCUCCUGUCAGCUAGACCCUCUCUAGGUCCCCUCACCCCUAUGAUCGUGGUGCCUUGGGUCAAAGCUUCCUCAGGCCUGGGCUGCUUCUCCCACCUCCCUGCUUUCUGAGGUUCGGUCACGACACAGAGUUGAUCUCGGAACACGUUUCCUCUGGGCCCAACCUCUGGCCUAGCUGGGACAGAUGGCUUUCUGUCCCGGCUGUCUGUUACAGGCAGGGAGAUCGGCUGACGGCAGGGCUGAGGGAGCCAGCCUUUGUUAGGGAUUCUGCUAAUAAAUUUCAAGUGGAAAUGUCAUUCACAAUUCUACUGGUACUGGAAUAUGAGGAUUUCAGUGCUGUAGUGCUCACAGGGCUUCCUGGAGAAAACGCCAGCAUUCUGGCCCCCCUUCUGCUGCCUAGAAAUAGACCGGCUACUACCCUGUGAAAUCUCGGUGGUUUACAGAGUCCUCUGGGUUCCUUUCUAUUAUCAGGGAUAUUCAUAAGCAUAUAUUAAAAACGAAACUAUUUUGAUAUUGUUCUGUUAUGAAAAUGUUAUUAGAACCCCAAUAAAUUAUUAUUUUUCCCCCUUAAAUUGUGCUGAAGAAAAAAAGACACUGGCUUAGCUUCCUUGUAGUGAGCAGGGCAGCGAGUGCCCGUUCCGAAGAGGCUGUGUGGAAGAGCGUGCAGACGAGGCCCCGGGCCGCGCGAAUGAUGAGCUGCGUGUACAUAAGCGUCAGUGCCCCUAGCUGGUUCCCUAGUAACUACGAGAUCUUUCGAAGAACCUCAUGGAAUGUUGCAAAAACCCCAUACUUGAGGGGAAGUCCUUUCAGUUGGUUUGAAAUCUCCUUAAAGCCCCUCAGUCUGUGUGGAAACCACCUUUUGAUAAACAGAGCCCUCAGUUGCUCUCUCUCUGGAGGAACAAGGCCUUGCCUGACAACAGAUGACACACUUUGAGGUAUGUGACUGCAAGCAUUUGAGGCUUCGGGGCCACGAGUGUACAUCAAUAUUCCUUGGUGUGUUCAGCAAUCAGUGAGUGCCCACCGACCCCCGGGCAAGGCGAACUGGGCCCACAGAAAGUCAAGGCCUCAAAGACAUGGUCCAUCCUGUUUUUCUGUAUCACACCUAAUUACAGAUCCUCGCGAAGAGUGACAUGUGGACCCGGAAGGUCUCAUGGCCACAGGAGAUUGCUGUGUGCCCUGCGCUGGCCUCGUGGAUAAAGAGUCAGCAGGCGAGGCUGGAAAGCUCAGGGCGGCUUUGGGGUCGUCCACAGUAACUCUCCCAAGUCAGGACUCCCGCACUCCGUCCCCAAGCUCACGCGAGCAGUGUGCCGCUGCGGCCUCAGAUGUUUGUUUAACUACCAGAAAAUUCCUUACUUAGGACAGGUCAGGACCACGUCUGAGAGCUGACGCAUUACUGUGCAGCACAGAACAAGUCACCCAGUGCUGAAGGGCUGUUUAUGAAAGGUACUGUUCCUUCUUUUACAUUAACCAGAAAACCUCUUUUUUACUUACUGUUCACAGCUGGUUUUCUUAUUGACUGUAUCGGACCGUCUCUUCUUGUAGAGACUGAUUUUGGCCAACAUGUGGCAGUUAAUACUAAUGCAUGUUUUAUGCAAAAGAAUAUGAUAUUAGUUGCUUUUAAGGAAUUUUGGCAUUGUACGUGCAUUUUUGUAGAAUUGUUACUGGACUUAUAAUUACAUACUAAACUCUAAUCAGGUUUAUGUAAAAUUAAAUAAAACCAAUUCAAAAAUA